AUGAUUCGCCUUCGUUAUCGUGCGCGGGAAGUGGCAUUCGGGUGGUCGAGGGGACCGGCGCUGUGGUCUACGCGGCGGUUGGAAUCGAUGGGAUCCACCUCGUGGCGCGUUCCGUCAACAAACAAAGCUGUGGCGCAGUGGUUGUACGGCUCAGCUGCGGUGGUGGGAUGCGUUGUUGUAGUUGGUGGUGUCACACGACUCACUGAGAGUGGUCUGAGCAUAGUCGACUGGAAGCCGGUGACUGGCGUAAGGCCACCCACCACACAAGAUGAAUGGGAGGAAGAGUUCGCGAAAUACCAGAACUUCCCUGAGUUCAAACAAAGAAACACCAUGACGCUUGAGGAGUUUAAGUUCAUAUUCUUUUGGGAGUGGGCCCACCGGGUGUUAGCGCGCAGCGUGGGAAUUGUCUAUGGUGUGCCCCUCUUGUACUUUGUUUGCAGGGGCAGAUUCAGAGCGCAGCCUGCGCUUUUGGCCACGCUGAGUGGUAUACUUGCACUUGGAGGGGCGCAGGGAGCUAUGGGAUGGUACAUGGUGCGAAGUGGCCUCGACCCUCAGUUACUUGAUGAGAGGCGGAAAGCUAGAGUUUCCACCUACCGACUAGCCGCCCACUUAGUAUUGGCCUUCACCAUUUACGCCUCUUUGAUGCGUGUUGGGUUUGGGCUAAAAAUGCCGCGGAUGGCACACUUUCCCGGAAGGACGCGCAUUCAGGCUUGCGCUCGCUGUUGCUUUGCGGCGGUGCUUUGCACAGUAAUUUCAGGGGCUUUUGUGGCAGGCCUCGGCGGGGGUCUCAUGUACAACGAUGAGCUCCCGUGGAUGGGUGGCGGCUUCAUUCCACCGCGGGACCACCUUAUGGUUGUGGAGCCGUGGUGGCGUAACGCACUGGAGAACCCCGCGGCGGCGCAGACGUGGCACCGUUUGAUGGCGGCUGUCAGCACCACCGCCAUCAUGGCGAUGAAUGCCACAUGUUUUCGCUACCGUGUUGCCAUUCCGCUCAGCGUCUGGAAGAGUGUGGCAGCCGUUAAUGCCAUGCUAAUCGCGCAGGUGUCACUGGGGGUUUGGACUAUUGCUUCUUAUGUGGAUCUCCCCGUAGCGGUAAGUCACCAACUGGGGUCGCUGCUGCUUCUUACAACAACAAUCCGAGUGUGUGCCGUUCUCGGAUCUCGAGGGUUGGUACUUGUGUAA